UUUACUUUUAUUUUCAUGCCAAAUAUUAAAACUUUUUCCGCCCAGCAUGCAUCAUUCCUUACUUUGCUAACAUUCAAAAUCAAAAUGGCUGAUUACGAUGAUCAGAUCUCCGAUGGCGAAAAGCUGAAGAUAAUAUCAAAUUUCAUCAUCCAUGCUCCUCCUGGAGAGUUCAAUGAAGUUUUCAAUGACGUUCGUAUAUUACUGAAUGAGGACCAGUUACUUCGGACAGGAGCUUCUGGGGCGUUUGCUAAAUACAACAAAGACCAGUUCACUCCUUGCCGGAUAGAAGGCAGUGAGGAACAAGUUUUGAUUACUGAAUAUGGUGACUUGGGUGCAGGAAGAUUUUUGGAUCCUCGAACAAAGACCACCUUUAAAUAUGACCAUUUGCGGAAAGAAGCCAGUGACUUCCAACCUGCUGAAAUUGAUAAGGUAGCUGAACCGUGGCGUGCUGCUAUAGAAUCUUCAUUUACUCCCUAUGUACAUAACCACUACAAAUAUGGCGUCACUUCUGUCUAUGGUAGCCACACUGAUGGCAAUAUCACCAUCAUUGCUUGUGUGGAAAGCCAUCAAUUCCAACCCAAGAACUUUUGGAAUGGGCGCUGGCGCUCUCAGUGGACUAUCACCUUUAAUGAGAAUGGCGGUAAAGUUGACUUGAUAGGUCUUCUCAAAGUGCAGGUCCACUAUUAUGAAGAUGGUAAUGUACAGCUUGUUAGCUCCAAAGAUGUUAACUUAACUAUAAAUGUUACCAAAGAAGAAGCAUUGGCCAAGGAAUUUACACAACUGGUUUCAGAGGCAGAGAAUGAGUAUCAAAGAGCCAUAUCUGAAAACUACCAAACUAUGUCUGACACCACCUUUAAAGCUCUCAGACGACAACUUCCUGUGACCCGCAGCAAAAUUGACUGGAACAAACUGAUCAGUUACAAAAUUGGGAGCGAACUGAAGAGCCCUUGAAAGGGUUCUGUUUUAGGUGGUCUUUAUUCUUUUUUUUUUUUUUUCGGUGGCAGAGCAACACCAGCAACUACUGCAGCAAAAGGAGGAAAACAUAACUUGAUACUGGAUGUGUGUAGCCUCAGUUGAACUCCAGAGAUUGAAUUAUGAAGCUACUUUAAAAUCUGCAAUUUUUUUUUUUUUUCUGCUGGACUCAUGACCUCCAUUCCCUCCCUAAAAAAUAUAUCUAGUGACUACAAAUAACAAAAAAUAAGAAAAAAAAAUGCCUGAAUGAUAAUAAUGAUAAUAAUAAAUAAUAAUAAUAAUAAUAAUAAUGAUAACAUAAU